GAAUUAGUGUUGUAAGUUAAAGAAAUCCUACGGGCAACGGAAACAAAAGUUAAUUAUCUGUAUCGUAACGUAAAGGUUACCGAGAUAAGCCACUACAUAAAUAAAAUGACUAUUUUCAGGAAGAGAAGCAUCAAAGUUUGAAAGAAUUAUCCGCGAGUACCAAAAUCUGUACCGAAUAAUCAGUUGAAUUGACCUGUUGUAACAUUUAGUUGUCUGCAACUGCGAAAAGAUAAAUAUUUCAUUUAAGAGCGGAAAUAUCACUCGUGAUCACGGAUAUUAUUGACAUCAGCUGGUUGGCAUAUAAUGCAGAUAACAGUACCGUAAAUAAAAAAAAAAAAAAUGUGGCUGACACACAUCCAUGUCGGUACAUAAAGAGAAAAAAAAAGCACGACUUAGACAGAAGUCAGCUGUGGCAAUGCAGAAAUGAUUUUGGCAUUCGCUGUAACUUGUGGAUGGCUGGACAAUGUUUUUAACACCGCUUUACCACAGUACGAGUUCAGUACCUUAACACUAAGGCCCCCACCCUUCGCUACAUAAUGUGCACGUAAAGACAAUGGUGUAUGUCAUAUAUACGUUACACAUAUUUUACAUAUAUAAUUUACACCAUAAAUAAAUAACACCGAAGGCCCACUGAAACGUUGUGCAAAUCAAGAUGUUCUCCCAACAGUCCAUUCACAAUAUAUUUGCUCUCUUCCUUUAUACCUGAUUUUUUUCCAAAUGGAAGGCCUGAAAAAGAGGUUUAUAAAUUCUGCAACCACAUAUAAUGUUACAUCCCAGAUUUGUGGCACAAGACUGAGAGCUGGAGAGUCCCGUUAAAUGGCUCCAGCUACACAUAAGAUGCAAUUAUGGGCGUGUUUGACUGUGAACACCAAAUUACAGGGGGUCUGUUUCAGAGAUUACUGAAAAUGCUUGUAAAGAUGCAGAAAUAUAUAUGAAGUGUGAAGUUGAUGGUGUAUUGAUUGAAAAUAUGCAUGAUGUUCCAUAUGUUCAACCAAGAGAUAUGGAACCAGAAACAGUUUCUUUACUGUCAUGUAUCAGCAUGCAGAUUAGAAAUAUUCUGCCACCAACCAUACAGUGUGGAGUACAGGUACUGGCUGGAGGAAACAAAGAAGCCAUAGCCAUCAGCCUUGCUGCUGGGUUACAAUUCGUCCGAGCUGAAGGAUUUGUCUUCAGCCAUAUAGCUGAUGAAGGGUUUACAGAUGCCAGUGCUGGCACACUGCUCAGAUACCGCAGAAAGCUUUCAGCAGAUCAAGUUUUGAUAUUUGCAGACGUGAAGAAGAAGCACAGUGCUCAUGCCAUAACAGCAGAUAUAAGUCUUGAUGAGACUAUUAAAGCAGCAGAAUUUUUCAUGUCUGAUGGUGUCAUCAUAACAGGUUCUGCUACUGGAGAACCAGUUGAUGAUGACCACUUUAAAGCUGCAAAGCAGUCAGCAAAAGGCCCAGUAUUAAUUGGCUCUGGAGUAACAGCUGAAAAUUUUAAGAAAUAUAUGAACGCUGAUGGAUUGAUUGUUGGUUCACAUUUCAAGAAAGACGGAAGGUGGCAGAAUGCUGUUGAUCCAGAACGAGUGCAAAGAUUCAUGGAGAAAAUAAAACAGUAGCAAAGAUGACUACACUAUUAUAAAAAGAGCUGUCUUAUCAUCACUGAACAUUAUAUUUCCAUGUUAUACAUGUGAAUACUGAAGUUCCUUUUUUAUGUGACCAAACCUACUGACCCUAGUAGACAUGGGACUUACAGCUCUCUGUCUCUGAGCUUUUACAUCAAUUUGGAAAGAUUUAAUAUGUGGAAACUCUCUUAUCAAUUGGUGCUACAAAAACGGCUGACAAGCAGAAAGCAACAUAGAUGGAAAUUUAAAAUGGUUGACACACCAAACAAAUACAAUUAGAACACAAGCUUCGAAAGAUCA